GUCAGUAAGUUAGUCGGUAUGACAGCAGACGCUGCGAUUGUUGGUUGGCGGGAAGUUCGUUUCAGUGUUUAAAUAGACAGAUCACGUGAUUAUGGCAACCGAAUUACGAACUAUAAGUACUAGUACUAGACGAGACAACGUGUCGAGCCACAAUGAUACGGGUACGUCUUGUGCUAUCACAAUACAAAUGCCCAAUCCUGAAGCGGCUAGCUGCGUAGAGAGAUUCGCAACUUUUCUUUCUUUUCUAUUGGUCAUCAUCACUUUCCCAUUUUCAUUGUUCGAGUGUUUUAAGGUAGUUCAAGAAUUCGAACGUGCUGUAAUAUUUCGACUCGGAAGACUUCGCAAGGGAGGUGCCCGAGGUCCAGGCUUAUUCUUCGUCCUGCCUUGCAUCGAUACUUAUAGGAAAGUCGACCUCAGAACGGUUUCUUUCGAUGUACCACCACAAGAGGUGUUAACCAGAGACUCUGUAACCGUAGCCGUAGAUGCAGUUGUCUACUACAGAAUAAAAGAACCGCUCAACGCUGUUGUUAGAGUAGCUGAUUACAGUGCAUCAACAAGACUGCUGGCGGCAACAACACUCCGCAACGUUUUAGGGAUGCGUGAUUUAGCACAACUUCUCUCCGAUCGAGAGGCAAUUAGUCACAUGAUGCAAGCCAACUUGGAUGAAGCCACUGACCCAUGGGGAGUGGAAGUAGAAAGAGUGGAGAUCAAAGAUGUCCGCCUACCAGUACAGCUUCAGCGAGCGAUGGCAGCCGAGGCCGAAGCUGACCGCGAGGCUCGAGCCAAGAUCAUAGCCGCGGAAGGGGAGAUAAAGGCUUCCAAAGCUUUAAGAGAGGCGUCGUUGGUUAUGGUCGACAACCCAAUGGCUUUGCAGCUGCGAUAUCUCCAGUCUCUCAACACAAUAUCCGCUGAGAAAAAUUCCACAAUAAUAUUUCCGUUCCCCAUGGAUUUCCUGAAAACAUUUCUAAGUCCAGGUCCGAGUGGUUCACAUACUCUACCAUUAUAGUAUGUACCUUAAGUAUAGAUAUCAAGUUUAAUUAUAAAUAUCGAAAUAAUUUGAAAAUUGUAAUAUAAUCAAUAUAGGUAAGUAUGUACAAAUAGUAAUAUAAGUAAAAAAUGAAUAUUAUUUUUAUUUAAUAACCAAGUACUGUAUUUCAACCGAAUAUGUUGUUUGCUCUUAAAUCACGCUCUAGCCCUGUUUUUAUAGGAGAAACUAAAUAAGUUACAUUUUUUUAUGAAAAUACUUGCAUCUUAGAAUAUAUAAUUAAAACUUUAUU